CUAUGUGGUUUCACAACUCAACUGUGCAACAGCAGACUGGCUACGCAUAACAAAUGACAUCAAUGCACUGAACUUGUAGUGAUUCGUGCGCACAUGGAUAUGCGGUAGGACCUUCCUCCUCACCCCCGGCCCCACAUACAAGAUGCUUCAUCUACUCGGCCUGCUAGUGACAGUUGGUCUCCUCUCUCCUUGCAUGGCAGAGACCUUCUAUGUCACCCCAACCCUCCCUGCCCCAGCUGACUGUCCUCAACCUUGUUACACCCUGGACCAGUUUACUCAAAACCAGAGUUUAUUAUCUGGCCACAACAACAUCACUCUGAUAUUCCUGGAGGGAGUUCACGAUCUCAGCAACAAGCUGUCUGUUGAAACUAACCUCAUAAUCUUGCAGCCAGCACUUCCAAACCAGGGACAACCACCGAAGGUUAUUAGUCAACAUUUAAAUUAUAAAUAUCAGUGCAUCAAAUAAUAAUAUUGAUCGAAGGACUUUUGUUGGUUGAUGUUUACCUAUAUAUAAACUGGAAUCGUGAUUAUAAACUUGUUAUUCGACGGUGUGGCUUGUACUUAGUUCCUUUUGUUGCAUUAUCAUUAUCGAAAGAUGUUAAAAUCUCAGUAACAAUCAAAAACUCGACUAUAUCUCACGCUAAAAAUUCUAUACUUGCUCCCAUCCGUGUAGGAUUCACUUUCACAGCAACAGAUCUCUUGAUUGAGGACAGUGUGAUAUUUAAGUUGGACAAGUAUGCAUUAACGAUUAUUGUUGUACCAAAUGUGACGAUUGUCAAUUCCAACAUAAGCUAUAUUAAUGGUUUCGGCAUUGUAGCAUAUGGCUCAAACAUAACACUCCAAAAUUGUUCAAUUGAUAAUACUGAUUUUGGAGUUAUGCUAACUAGUCCGCGUGAUGCACAAAUGAUUGAAGUGUCCUUCACACAAAACAGAUUCUUUGGAAUAUGCUUAUUAAGUAUCUCAAAAAUAAUUUUCAGAGACUGUACAUUUGAUAACAACAACGGAACACCAAUUAUAGCCCACCAAAGUACCUUCCAGUUGUCUGGAAAGAAUGUGUUUUCUAACAACAUUGCAAUAAGAGGAGGUGGUCUGGCCUUGUAUCAAUCAACUGUGACAUUUGAUUCAGGAUCUACUACACGCUUUGAGAACAAACAGCUAUAGAGUAUGGUGGGGGAAUCUACAUUGCUACAAAUUCACCUCUCCUUCCACAACUAGUAGUUGCCUUGGAAAAUGAUAUAUCCUGUAAGCAAUUGAUUUCCUUUCCCCUAUUCCCAACUUGCUUUUAUAAAGAGUAUGAAAAUGAUAAUAUUCAAGUGCAUUUCUUUGGGAACAAUGCUAAUUUCGGUGGAAGGGACAUCUUCGGACUAACAGAAGUAUCAUACGAGGAUGAUUGGUCAGUUUCAGAGGAUAAAUGGUUUCAUUUUGAUGAAUCAGUACCGAGUACAUCGCGACUUGCAUCAGAUCCUUCUCGAGUGUGUUUCUGUGUACACAAUACACAACAGUGUCAAAACCGUUCAUACCUUGUAUUAAACGAGAUGAGGUUUCCUGGAGAGAGCUUUAAUAUUUCCGUAGUUCUUGUAGGAUUCAACUUUAGUAGAGUAACAGGACCUGUGUUUGCUACUGUACUGGAUGAGAAUACUGGAAGUAUCAAUGAUAAUCAACAUAUACAAUCUAUCAAUGAUUAUUUACAAUGCACAGAACUAACCUACACAGUAUUGUCCAACCAAACAAGCAGACCCCUUCAACUAAGCCUCUCCGUUGAAGAAUCGUUUGUUCAAGGCAAUCAAGACGAUAUAAUUAAAGAAAGUGUAAGUAACAUAUACUCCCCUAUGUGCAACAACAACUCACUACCAUGUACAGCUCUUCUCACUACGGCCAUCUUCAUUAACAUCACUGUUGAUAACUGUCCACUGGGGUUUCAGCUUAAUACUUCAAGUAUGUGCGGUUGCGACGAAAGCAGUAAGCAGUUGAAGUUAACUUGUGAGAUUCAAAACCACACCGGCUACAUCACCAGAGAAGGAACUGUGUGGGUGGGAAUUGACACUAAAAAUGAAACUGACCUUUACUACUUGUAUCAGUACUGUCCUAGUGACUACUGCAGUAGGUCUGCAAUACCUGUUCACUUGGCAUCCCCUGAUUCACAGUGCAGCUCGAACCAUGCUGGAAUUUGUGUGGGAGAUGUAAAGGCAACUACAGCCUGCAAUUAGGAGGUGAUCGGUGCAUACAAUGUCAUGACAAUAGCUCUGUUGCUCUGUUGAUUGUGUUCGCCAUCCUCGGGAUUUUAUUGGUUGCUAUGAUUACAUUCUUUGACUUCACAGUUGCCAAUGGUACCAUAAAUGGACUCAUAUUCUACGCAAAUGUUGUGUGGAUUAACAAUGCUAUAUUGUUCCCACAGCGGAACAUUGGCUACUACAUCAUCACUGUACCUAUAGCUUGGAUUAAUCUGGACUUUGGUAUUGAGACUUGUUUCAGCCAAAAUUUGGAUCAACUAACUAAAAGUGGUUUACAGUUUGUGUUUCCAGUCUACAUCUGGUGCAUUGCUGGUCUCAUCAUUUUAGUUUCUCGGUAUUCCAUAAAAGCUACUCGAUUCUUUGGUAGAAACUCAGUUGCUGUUUUAUCUACUCUGAUCCUGCUAUCUUAUGGGAAACUGUUCAGGAUUAUCACAAAUGUGUUUACUCCAUCUAACAUUUCUGGCUCUGAUGGUUCUAUUCGCAGAGUUUGGUCCCUGGAUGGAAAUGUUGAAUAUGGAAUAACACCCGGACACAUUGUCUUAAUGGUGGUUGCACUACUCUUUAUGCUAUUGUUUUGGUUGCCAUUCACUUUGACUCUCCUUCUAGUAUCCUUCCUAAAAGCCAAGUCAGACUACCGACCCCUUCGCUGGAUUAACACAUUCAAGCCGUUUUUUGAUACCUUUUAUGGUCCUUUCAAAGACAAGAAACAGCAUCAAGUGUGGACGGGGAUUCUGCUUAUCUCCCGUGUAGUGAUAUUGAUUGUUUCCGCAUCAACCUCAACAUCAAAUCCGAAUGCUAACAUACUGGUAAUGACCAUUAUAGCCACACUCUUGCUAUUGUACACAUCCAUUGUUGGCUAUCUCUACAAGCAAUGGUUUGCGUCUGUGCUGGAAGUAUUGUACCUGUUCAACCUCAUCAUCUUAGGUGGAGCAUUCUUGUUUUAUCAAACCCAACCGGAAGAUGUCCGACAAAAUGACACCAUCAAUCCUGUGACUGCUACCUCAGUUUGUAUUGCUCUCCUGCAGUUUGCUUGUAUUAUAAUCUUCCACAUAGCCAAGAAGGUCGGACCCAAGCUUCAGAGGCUCGCCAAGAAGAAGAAAACAGAAGUAGACAUUAUUACAGGUGUAAAAGAAGAUGCAGGCAAAGAAGGUGCAAGGUACAAAGUGACAACACAGGAAGUGACGUUGGACAAUGCAAAGCAGCAGCGUAAUUCCUAUAAUGCCACUGAUUAUAGAGAGCCACUUCUGGAUGAUGUGUAGCAAAGCAUUUAACAUUGUAUGUAGAGAAGAAAUGAUUUACGUGUGUAUGUUAUUUAUAAUUUGAUUGUGCUGCAUAAUUUAACAUAAUGUAGAGAAAUUAAGAACUGAUUUAUGAGGUAUAAUAAUACAUAAUAAA